CUCUGUUCUUUAUUCCUAUUUCUGUGUUCAUCUCUUGGGAGAAGAAAAUCGCCAUUCAAUCUGAUCUUGUGCUCUAUCCAUGGCUGCCGAGUUGACUUACAUGGGAGGAAGCGGCUUACCUUCCUCCCGACCGUGGAAGUAUGAUGUAUUCUUGAGUUUUUGCGGUCAGGACACUCGCACCAACUUCACCGAUUACCUCUUUAAUUGGUUGGUCCAGAAUGGGAUUCACACAUUUAGAGACGACGAAGGGCUAAACAGAGGAGAGGAUAUCUCUUCAGAACUGAUGGAAGCCAUUGAAGGUUCUAGGAUUGCCAUUAUCGUCUUCUCUGAGAAUUAUGCUUCUUCAACCUGGUGCCUUGUUGAGCUAGUGAAGAUCCUCCAUUGCAAAAAGAAAAAUCAAAUAGAAAAGGUUAUACCUGUUUUCUACAAGGUGGAUCCAGCCGAUGUCAGGAAACAGAGCAACACUUAUGCAGAGGCAUUUAUGAGACAUGAAGAACGUUUCAAGGAGAACAUGGGGAAGGUGGAGGAGUGGAGGGCUGCUCUCACAGAAGCUGCGAAUUUGUCAGGGUGGGAUCAAGCAAAUAUUGCAAAUGGGUAUGAAGCAGAGCUUAUAAAGAAAAUUGCAGAAGAAGUGUUGACAACGGUGGAACAGACACGCUUGCAUGUUGCACCACAUCCAGUUGGGUUAAAUUCUCACAUUGAGCAUAUAGGUUGUUUGCUAAAUGAUGGCAGAUUGGAUCUUGUUCACAUUAUAGGGAUAUACGGCUCUGGUGGAAUAGGUAAGACGACUAUAGCUAAGGCCGUUUUUAACUCCGAGUACAAAAAUUUUGAUGGUAGCAGCUUUCUUGCUAAUGUUAGAUCAGUGGUUUCAAGCCAACAAAAGGGUUUAGUUCUCCUACAAAAACAGCUUCUCUCUGAUGUCUUGAAUAGAAGUGACAUAGACAUAGACAUAGACAAUGAGCACAAAGGAAUAAUUAUUAUCAAAGAACGUCUAUGCUAUAAAAGAGUUCUUAUUGUUCUUGAUGAUGUGGAUGAAAUGGAACAAUUCUAUGAAUUGGUUGGAGGGCAUGGUUGCUUUGGUUCAGGAAGUCGAAUCAUUCUAACAACUAGAGAUGAGCAUUUGCUAAAUAAGCUGGAUGUGGAUGAAAAGUAUAAAUAUAGAGUCCAGACAAUGAAUAAAAAUGAUUCUCUUCAACUUUUUAGUCAUCAUGCUUUUCGACAAAAUCAUCCAUUUGAAGACUAUGUGCAGCUCUCAAAUGAUGUAAUAAAUUAUGCAGGGGGCCUUCCAUUAGCUCUUGUGGUUUUGGGUUCUCUUCUAUACAAAAGAAGUCAAGUUGAGUGGGAAAGUGAAUUAAAGAAAUUAAGAAAGAUACCCAAUGGUCGGAUUUUAGAAAAACUUGAAAUAAGUUAUAAUGCACUAGAUGAUUCCAACCGGACCAUAUUCCUUGAUAUAUCAUGCUUUUUUAUUGGGGAGGACAAAAAUUGUGUAAAUACAAUUCUCGAUGCUUGUGGUUUGGAUGGAGAAGCAGGAAUUAAACUUCUCACAGAGAGGUCUCUAGUAGCAAUUGAUGAUAAAAAUAGGAUACAUAUGCAUGAUGUAAUUCGAGACAUGGGAAGGGAAAUUGUUCGCAAACAGUCUCCUCGUAAGCCUGAAGGACGGAGUAGAUUGUGGGAUGAUGACGAUGCCAUUGAUGUAUUGAUAAACCUCACUGGAACUGAUGUAGUUGAAGGCCUUCAAUUUAACUUGUUUCGAUAUGAUGUAGAAGAGUUUGGCCGGUUGAUCGUUGAAGGAUUUUCGAAAAUGCCUAAUUUAAGAUUACUUGAAGUUGAUAGUUUAUGGUCUAGCAUUGAAAUAGAUCUAGAACCUUCUCUUCAGGAGUGUCUUUUUUGUUUUAGAAAACUCGUUUGGGUUAGUUGGAAAGGAUUCCCCUUCAAAUGCAUACCAAAUAAUUUUCUUCUAGGGAACCUUGUUAUUCUUGACUUGCAAAAGAGCAAACUCAGAGAAGUUUGGAAGGAAACCAAGUAUCUCCCAAAGUUGGAGGAGCUCAAUCUUAGUGAUUCUCCUUACCUAACCCGUACACCGGACUUCUCGGGGCUUCUGAAUCUUGAGAAACUGAUUCUUAAUUGUUGUGAAAGUUUGGUUGAAGUCCAUGGAAGUAUUGAAUGUCUUAAGAAACUUGUAAUCUUGGAUCUACGGUAUUGCGGCAAUCUCAAGAAUCUUCCAAGCGGUAUUAGUAAAUUGGUAUCACUUGAAACACUUACAAUUUCUUUCUGCUCAAAACUUGAUAAUUUGCCAAAGGGGAUCGGGAACUUGAGACAUUUAACAAUGCUUGAUGCGAGUGACACGAUUAUAAAAGAGCGACCUUCUUCCUUUGGACUUUUAAAGAACCUUAUCACUUCCAGUCAUUCUUUGCAUGACAGAAUAAAAUAUUCAGAGGAUCGAGUUUCAUCCUUAAAACACUUAGCUCUGGGAAAUUGCAAGCUAACUGACAGUGAUAUACCUAAUGAUUUUUGGAUGUUAUACUCUUUGGAGUCAUUGAAUCUAUCUUGGAAUUGCUUUGGGAUCCUUCCAUCUUGCAUUGGCCGGCUUUCAAAACUUCAAACUUUGGAUUUGUGCUAUUGUCGAAGACUCAAGUCACUCCCAAUGCUUCCAUCAAGUUUGCGUUCUCUUGAUGCAUUAGGCUGCAGGAUGUUGAAAAGGUCACCAAAUUUGUCAAACAUGAAGCACCUAAGGAUGCUAGACCUUUCAGGCUGUGAAAACCUGAUUGAAAUUGAGGGCUUAGAGGAUUUGAAUUCUGCAGCAACUAUAAGAUUAAAUUAUUGCAUCAGAUUGAAAAAUUCUGGCAAGAAGAGAAUCUUGGACAUAGUUAAAGACCUUCGAGAACGUAACAUUGACAUCUCUUUGGAAUGGGAAUGAGGUUCGAGACUGGUUUGGAUUUCAAAGUGAGGAAUCGAGCUCUUCUUGAAGAGUUGAUGUCGCUCUCUAGGGCUAGGGAGAUAAGGAUUUUGAUCUGCUCCUUCACUCUCGUUUAAUGCAUUAGAUAGAGAGAGAGAGCAGCUGCAACAGAGAAGCUUGCAGAGUGUGAGAAAACCAUUUUCUUCUUAGUAGGCAGUUGAAAGCUUUAUGUCCUCCAAUAGACCCAUGGGAUCCCAACAAAAUGAGAUGUAUCAAAGGGGUGAAAGUUUCGAGGUAAAUAAGAAAACACCUAGUGGAUUGAACCCAGUAAGCAUUGAUACCUCAAAAGACUUUGAGCAGGUUGAGAUAGAAACUGCUACUUCAAAUUUUAUCGGAGAAGGCGGUGAGUCCCCCUCAGAUGCAUUCAACUCUUCCACUUGACCAUCUGAUACUGAAGCAAACAUGCUCUUUAGAUCCUGAGUCAAUUCAAUACAUCCAUGGCACCAGAAGGCUCCUCUACUUCUUUGGCCAAAACUCCUGAGAAGCAUUCACGGGGUUUUGUCAGGUUCUUUCCACCCAAAAGAAAGAAUGGACACUGGAUUUUUGCUUUACAUCAUUCGUAACCAAAUUGAUUGGUUAUUGUGGUAAACAUGGAGGUCGACAUUUUGUAGAUAAGCGAUUGAAGAGUUUUUGGACCAGCCAUUUAUAUGUUUAUGGAAAGCAUGUUGAAAAGGAACUUCAGAGGUACAGAUGAAGCCCAACUUCAUAACUAGAAUCAAUUCUUGCUGCAAACCUCGUAAUGUUCUAUGAAAGCAAUCCGAAGCUGCUCCAUUAUUCAGUAUGAAUGCCACCACCAUGUUGAGGGAUACAAGACUAUUUAUAGAACAAUCAAGCUGAUGACAUCCUUCAAUUACUGAUAUCCUGCAAUGACCACAAGCUGGGAGUGCAAAUAUAACUAUGUUUGCAAAAUGAAACUGAAGAUUGUAAGAUCACCAAGGAGACCAAGAAGCUGAAAUUAUGUUGUUCCACAGCAAGUCAAGUAUAUGCUUUGUUUCAAGCCUAGAGCUGGAUUUGGCAAGAACUGUCGUUGGCAUCAUAGUAUCAAAGAAACCAAGUGCAAGCUCAGCAAGGGAAGAGCUUCUUUCCCCGGGAGGCAUUGUUAGGUUGAAGAGACAUUCAAGAACAACCCAUAGGAUUUGGUUCUCAAGCAACAUCAAGUCAACUCGCAAGUUACUGUCCAUCCAAGGUACACUGGAUAUGGGAUCAUCUCUUUGUCGUCCAUCUAUGCCGUUUCGUUUCCUGCAGAAAUGUUCUAAGAUGAAACAACCAUCUACUAACAUCAUCUCCAUGAAUUCAUCUGUGUCAAAGUCGACCAAAUGUUCUGUGUAAUACUCACGCGCACGUUCCUCCAACUGCUGAAUGUCUUUGGUGAAUAUCUUUAAACUUGUUUGUGGAAUUGGGCGCCGAGAGAGGAGGCCAUGUAAAUACCAUAGCUUGAAGUCUUCCAUGCUCUUCAGGUUUUCAUGACCAUGGUAACAAGGGCCAAUUGAGACUAUAUGAGGCGCAAAAGCACCUUCACUUUGUCGAAAGAGUACGUGGGGAACUCUAAAGAUACAAGCUUGAGAGGACAAUGGUGGCUUAGAACGAAGCUUUGCUUCAAUGGAAGAUGCCAAUGCUUCUUCUACAUUCAUAAUUCUGUGAUGUUCUUCCUAUGUAUUGGUAGAAGUUAUGGCCUUUAAGAGUCUUGGAAAUUACAACGCUUGUUGUUUCUUCUUUGAGAAAGUAUAUGGCUUCAAAAACCUGGAAUUGAAACAUGGAACAUUCCCAGUAAAUUCAGGUAUGGGAUAAACAUGAGAUGUAAUUUGGUACUGGAUCAUUAAAGCUGAAAUGAAUAAUUCACAUAUUCCCCUAA